CUCUCGACAGAAAGCAACAAAUGUAUAGCCAGAAACUUUGGCUACGGCUCCGUGGUGUGUGAGUGUAACUCAACGUACUGUGACGGGGUCGGGUCCGUGACUCUGCCCCCGCUGGGACAGUUCUCCUCCUACCUGAGCAGCAUGGCGGGCAGCAGACUGGAGUCGGGUCGGGGUCGGGUCCAGGUGAACAGCACCGGGACAGGCCUCAGGUUGACCAUCGUUCCCUAUCAGAAGUACCAGAAGAUCCGGGGUUUUGGUGGAGCGAUGACAGACGCAGCAGGAAUAAACAUCCUGUCGCUCUCUGCUGGAGCACAGGACCAGCUGCUGCGGCAGUACUUCUCCAGUGAAGGUAUCGGCUACAGCGUAGUGCGUGUCCCAAUGGCAAGCUGUGAUUUCUCCACCCGUCUGUACACCUACGCUGACUCCGCUGGAGACUACAACCUGGACAACUUCUCUCUGGCCCCUGAGGACGUUAAGACGAAGGUCCUCAACGAUGUUCAUGCAGGAAGGUACAUUCACGGCGUGGCAGUCCACUGGUACAUGGACAACUUCGUCCCUGCUGAGUUGAGCCUGGGACUCACCCAUCAUCUGUAUCCAGAGUAUUACCUGUUUGGCACGGAGGCCUGUGCCGGGUGGAGCCCGUUCGACAGAGGGGUGAAGCUGGGCAGCUGGGACAGGGCUGAGCAGUACGCACAUGACAUUAUAGAGGACUUGAAUCAUUAUGUUGUGGGCUGGACUGACUGGAACCUAGCGUUGGACCAGACCGGUGGGCCGAACUGGGUUAAAAACUUUGUGGACAGUCCUGUAAUCGUAGAUGCAAAGCGUGACGUCUUCUACAAGCAGCCGACUUUCUAUAGCAUGGCCCAUUUCAGUAAGUUCCUGUGGGAGGGGUCUCAGAGAGUGGGUGUGUCUGCCAGUGAGGAAACACACCUGGAAUUCUCUGCCUUCGUCAGACCAGACGGCUCGGUGGCGCUCAUCGUACUCAACAGGUCAUCGUCCAUGACCCAGUUUGAAGUUUGGGAUCCGGCUGUGGGCUACAUCACCUCCACUGCUCCGGCUCGUUCACUCCUCACACUGGCUUGGAACACACACUGAUCAAUACAGUGGAUCUGAACAUUGUUAAUGUUUUAGUUCAGGGAGUCGUCAGCGGAGUAAAGAGGUAAUGGUAUGCAUCAAGUCGAGCAUUUCUCCACAGCAGUGUAUUGCAGCAGUGCAUUUCAAGAAAGAGUAAAGUUGAGAGGUACAGAAGUAAUUUCAACAUGCACGAGUUAAGCUUUUAAUGUUUGAACUCCUCAUCACCAAAGAUAGUCAUUACCUGGAGUAUGUCUUCAGUCACUUAAAUACGCUCUUAAAUUGACUGUUGCAAUUUUUUGCUUUGUCUACCAUGAGCAGGUUUUGUGAUUUUGUUGGUCACAUAAUCAAAUUAACCUCAACUCAUAGCACUAUGUUCUGUACCACUUCCUAUCAGGGAUGGUACCUUAAACUACUAAAUACGUCAACUCAGCAGAACGACCUGUGCGUUAAGUUUCCUCAUCAUGUCAGAUCACUGAAUGAAUUAAAUAAUGUACAGAGUUUGUAAAUGCCUCCCUUUGUUGCUAUUUUAAAUAAAGCACAUCUUGUU